AUGAAAUCGUACAAUGAGAAAAUAAUAAUAAUAAUAAUAAUAAUAAUAAAGAUGAUUUUCAUGGUAUUAUUGGUGUUAAUUAAUGUGGUCGUUUGCCACCCUAGUCAAAAAUCCGAAGGACUCGGACAUAGAUCAGAAAACGAUUCCGUAUUAUCAUCAUUAUCAUCAUCAUCAUCAUCAAAUCCAAGACAAAUACCAGAGAUUUUAUUGGGAAAACUUCAAUCGGAAAAAUCAAAUUUAAAUCCGAUAGAUUCCGGUGAUCCGUUGAAAAUAAAUCACGACGAAAAUGAAAAAAACAAUCAUUCAAGGAGAAAAUCAAAAAGUUUGAGUUUUUAUCCUUAUUAUUUACCCUCCGUCAUACCAUUUCCUCCCCCCGGAAAUUUCUACCAACAGCAGGAUAACAAAGACACGGAUAAUUCUUAUUCCCCGACCGAAUGGCUAUCAAGAACGGAACCAUUUAAAAAAAAUCAACCGCUUUUAGAUUCGCCGACGUAUUACAUAAGAUUACCACCUAAUCCGUAUGCAUUCGUACCAGGAGUCGGUUACGUGAGUCGACCUCCAUCUUUAUCCGAUCCGGAAGUUUAUAAUAAUGAUAACGUCAAACCGGAAACGAGUGUGCAAACGGGAAAUGACAUAUAUCACGAUCCUUUUUACAGACUUCCUAUUAAUUUCGUAUCGAACGGUAAACCAACGUCGGUUUAUCAACUUGAAAAUGAUCAACCAGUGACGAAACCAGAUUCAAAUUUUAUUAAUUUAAAUAAGGGACCCUACGUAUUCAAUGGAAAACCUAGCGAAAUUUAUUUAGUCGCACAAAUAUAUAAUGCAUUAUACGGAGACGAAUUAAAUCAUUUCUAUCCUUAA